AUGACCUUGUCCACCACUGAAACCUCCUCCACUGGUGUCACCUCAGCUGAGGUGACCUCCAUGACAUCCACAUCCACGUCAGAAGGUGCCUCCAUGACCUCCACCAGCACUGGAGCCACCUCCAGUGCUGUCACCACCAAUGAGGUGACCUCGGUGACAGCCACAACCACUUCUCUUGAUGGCUUCACGUCAUUCUCCACUACUGGAGCCACCUCCUCUGCUGUAACACCAACUGAUGUGACCUCCAUGACAGCCCCAACCAGCUCAGAAGACGUCUCCACGAGCUUCCCCACCUCUGGAGCCACCUCAAAUGCUGCUGCCACCAAUGAGGUGACCUCCAUGACAGCUACAACCAGCUCAGAAGGUGUCUCCACAACCUCUAUUGAUGCUUCCAUAACCUUGUCGUCCAGUGGGACCACCUCCAGUGCUGCAACCUCCAUAGAGGGGACCUCCAUGAGUGCCACAACCACCACAGAAGGUUCCUCCAUGACCUUCUCCAACAGUGCAGCCACCUCCUCUGCUGUAAUGUCAACUGAAGUGACCUCCAUGACAGCCCCAACCACCUCAGAAGACACGUCCUCAAGCUUCCCCACCUCUGGAGCCACCUCAAAUGCUGCUGCCACCAACGAGGUGACGUCAAGCAACGCUGCGACAUCAACAGCAGAGCCUCCAACCUCCUUCUCCACCUCUGGAACCUCCUCCAGUGUUUCCACCUCAACUUACAGGACCUCCCUGAGUGCAACAACAACCCCAGUAGAUGUCUCCACAGGCUUCUCCACCACUGGAACCUCCUCCUCUGCUGUCACCUCCAUCUAUAUGACCUCCACGAGUGCCCCAACCACCUCUACUGAUGCCUCCACAAUGUUCUCGACCUCAGAAACCACCUCCUCUGGUGUUACCUUAAAUGAGGUGACCUCCUCCAACGCUCCAAUCAGCUCAGCAGAGCCUCCAACCUCCUUCUCCACCUCUGGAACCUCCUCCACUGAUUCCAGCUCAACUGACACCACCUCCAGAAGUUCCACAACCACCCCAGCAGAUGUCUCCACAGGCUUCUCCACCAUUGGAGCCACCUCCUCUGCUGUCACCUCCAGUGAAGUGACCUCCACAGCAGCCCCAACCACCUCUAUUGAUGCCUCCACAUCAUUCUCCACCACUGGAACCUCCUCCUCUGCUGUCACCCCUAGCGAGAUGACCUCCAUGUCUUCCACAGCCACGUCAGAUGGUUCCUCCACUCUCUUGUCCACCACUGGAGCCACCUCCUCUGCUGUCACCUCUAAUGAGGUGACCUCCACGACAGCCCCAACCAGCUCAGAAGGUGCCUCCACCUUCUCCACCACCAAAGAAACCUCUUCCAGUGCUGCCACCUCAAGUGGUGGGACCUCGGUGACAGCCACAACCACCUCUCUUGAUGCCUCCACAGGCUUCUCAACCAUUGGAGCCACCUCCUCUGCUGUCACCUCCAAUGAGGGGACCUCAACCAGCGCUAUAACCACCUUUAUUGACACGUUGACGUCAUUCUUCACCUCUGGAGUCUCCUCCACUGAUUCCAUCUCAGCUGAUGUGACCUCCCUGACAGCCACAACCACCUCAGAAGACACCUCCUCGAGCUUCCCCACCACUGGAGCCACCUCAAAUGCUGCCACCACCAAUGAGGUGACCUCAACCAAUGCUCCAACCACCUCAGCAGAGCCUGCAACCUCCUUCUCCACCAGUGGAGCCACCUCCACUGUUUCCACCACAACUGACAGGACCACCCUGAGUGCCACAACCACCCCAGUAGGUGCCUCCACGAUCUUCUCCACCUCUGGAGCCACCUCCAGUCCUGUCGCCUCCAAUGAGGUGACCUCAACCAACUCUCCAAGCACCUCAGCAGGUUCGUUCACAACCUUCUCCACUGAUGUUUCCACCUCCUCUGCUCCCACCACCACAGAGGUGACCUCCAUGAGUGCCACAACCACCUCUACUGAUGCCUCCACGAGCUUCCCCACCACUGGAGCCACCUCAAAUGCUGCUUCCACCAAUGAUGUGACCUCCAUGGCAGCUACAACUGUAUCAGAAGGUGCCUCCACUUCCUUCUCUUUCAUUGGUUCCACCUCCUCUGCUCCCACCUUCACUGAGGGGACCCCAAUGUCUUCCACAGCCACCUCAAUGGACACCUCCACACUCUCCUCCACCUCUGGAGCCACCUCCACUGUUCUCACCUCAAUAGGGGUGACAUCCAUGAGUGCCACAACCACCCCAGUAGAUGCCUCCACAGGCUUCUCAACCAUUGGAGCCACCUCCUCUGCUGUCACCUCCAAUGAGGUGACCUCCAUGACAGCUACAACUGUAUCAGAAGGUGCCUCCACAACCUCGAUUGAUACUUCCAUGAUGUUGUCGUCCAGUGGGACCACCUCCAGUGCUGCAACCUCCAUAGAGGGGACCUCCAUGAGUGCCGCAACCACCUCAGAAAGUUCCUCCAUGACCUUCUCCACCACUGGAGCCACCUCCUCUGCUGUAACAUCAACUGAAGUGACCUCCAUGACAGCCCCAACCACCUCAGAAGACACCUCCUCGAGCUUCUCCACCACUGGAGCCACCUCCUCUGCUGUCAUCUCUAAUGAGAUGACCUCCACUACAGACACAACCACCUCAGAAGACGUCUCCACAAGCUUCCCCACCACUGGAGCCACCUCAAAUGCUGCUUCCACCAAUGAGGUGACCUCAACCAACGCUCCAACCACCUCAGCAGGUUCCUUCACAACCUUCUCCACUGAUGUUUCCACCUCCUCUGCUCCCACCACCACAGAGGUGACCUCCAUGAGUGCACCAGCAACCUCUAGUGAUGCCUCCACGACCUUCUCCACCACUGGAGCCACCCCCAGUCCUGCAGCCUCCAGAGAGGGGACCUCCAUGAGUGCCAUAGCCACCUCAGAAGGUUCCUCCACGACCUUCUCCACCACUGCAGCCACCUCCUCUGCUCUCACGUCAAGUGAAGUGAGUUCCAUGACAGCCCCAACCGCCUCAGAAGACACCUCCUCGAGCUUCCCCACCUCUGGAGCCACCUCAAAUGCUGCUGCCACCAAUGAGGUGACCUCCACCAAUGGUCCAUCCUCAACAGCAGAGCCUCCAACCUACUUAUCCACCUCUGGAGCCACCUCCUCUGCUGCCACCUCCAAUGAGGGGACCUCAACCAGCGCUAUAAGCACCUUUAUUGACACGUUGACGUCAUUCUUCACCUCUGGAGCCACCUCCACUGAUUCCACCUCAACUGAUGUUACCAGCCUGACAGCCCCAACCACCUCUGCUGAUGCCUCCAUGAGCUUCCCCACCACUGGAGCCACCUCAAAUGCUGCUGCCACCAAUGAGGUGACCACCACUAAUGCUCCAACGUCAACAGCAGAGCCUGCAACCUCCUUCUCCACCUCUGGAACCUCCUCCACUGUUUCCAGCUCAACUGACAUGACCUCCAUGAGUGCCACAACCACCCCAGCAGAUGCCUCCACAGGCUUCUCAAACAUUGGAGCCACCUCCUCUGCUGCCACCUCCAAUGAGGUGACCUCCACGAGUGCUUCAACCACCUCUAUUGAUGCCUCCCCAUCAUUCUCCACCAUUGGAACCUCCUCCUCUGCUCCCACCUUCACUGAGGUGACCUCCAUGUCAACCACAGCCACCUCACAUGGUUCCUUCACGCUCUCCUCCACCACUUGGGCCACUUCCAGUGGUGCCACAUCAACUGAGGUGACCUCCAUAACAGCUACGACCAUAUCAGAAGAUGCCUCCACGACACUCUCCACCUCUGGAGCCACCUCCUCUGCUGUCAUCUCCAAUGAGCUUAUCUCCAACAGUGCUUCAACCACCUCUACUGGUGCCUCCACGACUUUCUCCACCACUGAAGCCACCUCCUCUGCUGCCACCUCCACUGAGGGGACACCAAUGUCUUCCACAGCCACCUCAAAGGAAACCUCCACUCUCUUCUCCACCAGUGGAGCCACCUCCUCUGCUGUCACCUCCAAUGAGGUGACCUCCAUGACAGCUACAACCGUAUCAGAAGGUGCCUCCACAGUCUUCACCUCUGGAGCCACCUCCAGUCCUGUCACCCCAGCCCCAACCACCUCCUCUGGAGCCUCCUCAACUGAAGUGACCUCCAUGAGUGUCCCAAGCUCCUCAACAGACUCUUCGACUUCCUUCUCCACCAUUGGAGUCACCUCCUCUGGUGCCACCUCCAAUGAGAUGACCUCAACCAAUGCUCCAACCACCUCAGCAGGUUCCUUCACAACCUUCUCCAAUGAUGUUUCCACCUCCUCUGCUCCCACCACCACAGAGGUGACCUCCAUGAGUGCCCCAACAACCUCUAGUGAUGCUUCCACAACCUUGUUGUCCAGUGGGACCACCUCCAGUGCUGCAACCUCCAUCGAGGGGACCUCCAUGAGUGCCACAGCCACCUCAGAAGCUUUCUCCAUGACCUUCUUCAUCACUGGAGCCUCCUCCACUGGUGUCACCUCAACUGAAGUGAUCUCCACAGCAGCUGCAACAAGCCCUGUUGAUACCUCCAGCACCUUCUCCACCACCGGAGGCACCUCCAGUGGUUUGACUUCUACUGAUGUGAUCUCCACGACAGCCCCAACCAGCUCAGAAGGUGCCUCCAGCUUCUCCACCACCAAAGAAACCUCUUCCAGUGCUGUCACCUCAAGUGACGUGACCUCAGUGACAGCCACAAUCACCUCUCUUGGUGCCUCCACAAUGUUCUUGACCAGUGGAGCCACCUCCUCUGCUGUCAUCUCCAAUGAGGUGACCUCCACCAGUGCUCCAACCACCUCUACUCAUGCCUCCACGACAUUCUUCACCUCUGGAGCCACCUCCACUGGAAUCACCUCAUCUGAGAUAACCUCCACGUCUUCCACAGCCACCUCAGAGGGUUCCUCCACUCUCUCUUCCACCACUGGAGCCACCUCAACUGCUGCCACCUCCAUAGGGGUGACCUCCACGAGUGCCCAAACCACCUCUUCUGCUGUUACCUCCAAUGAGGUGACCUCAACCAAUGCUCCAACCACCUCAGCAGGUUCCUUCACAACCUUCUCCACUGAAGUUUCCACCUCCUCUGCUCCCACCUCCAAUGAGGUGACCUCCAUGAGUGCACCAACAACCUCUAUAGAUGCCUCCACAUCAUUCUCCACCACUGGAGCCACCUCCUCUGCUCCCAGCUCUACUGAGAUUACCUCUACCAGCGCUCCAAGCGCCUCAGAAGGUGCCUCCAUGACGUUCACCACCUCAGAAGCCAUCUCCAGUCCUGUCGCCUUCACUGAGAUGACCUCCACAACUUCCACGACCACCUCAGAUGGUUCCUCCAUGCUCUCCUCCACCUCUGGAGCCACCUCCUCUGCUGUCACCUCUAAUGAGAUGACCUCCAUGUCUUCCGCAGCCGCCUCAGGUGGUUCCUCCACGCUCUCCUCUGUCACUGGGGCCACCUCCAGUGGUUUCACCUCAACUGAGGUGACCUCCAUAAGAGCUACAACCAUAUCAGAAGGUGCCUCCACGACACUCUCCACCUCUGGAGCCACCUCCAGUUCUGUCACCUCCAAUGAGGUGACCUCAACCAACGCUCCAACCACCUCAACAGGUUCCUUCACAACCUUCUCCACUGAUGUUUCCACCUCCUCUGCUCCCACCACCACAGAGGUGACCUCCAUGCAUGCACCAACAACCCCGAUUGAUGCCUCCACGACCUUCUCCACCACUGGAUCCACCUCCACUGGUGUCACCUUCAUAGCGGGUACCUCCACAACAGCCCCUACAACCUCUAGUGAUGCCUCCACUCUCUCCUGGGCCACUGGAGACACCUCCUCUGCUGUCACCUCCAAUGAGGUGACCUCCGCCAGUGCUUCAACCAACUCAGUAGAUGCCUCCAUUACUGUCAUGGAAGUGACCACUUCCACUGCUGUCACCUCAACUGAAGUGACCUCCACAGCAGCUCCAACCACCUCUAUGGAUACCUCCACAUCAUUCUCCACCACUGGAACCUCCUCCUCUGCUGUCACCUCUAAUGAGAUGACCUUCAUGUCUUCCACAGCCACUUCAGAUGCUUCCUCCACGCUCUCCUUCACCACUGGAGCCGCUUCAACUGCUGCCACCUCCAUAGGGGUGACCUCCAUGAGUGCCCCAACCAGCUCUACUGAUGCCUCCACAAUGUUCUCGACUUCAGGAACCACCUCCUCUAGUGUAACCCCCAAUGAGGUGACCUCCUCCAACUCUCCAACCAGCUCAGCAGAGCCUCCAACCUCCUUCUCCACCUCUGGAACCUCCUCCCCUGUUUCCAGCUCAACUGACAGGAGCUCCAUGAGUGCCACAACCACCUCCACCGAUGCCUCGAUGACCUUCUCCACCACCAGAGCCACCUCCACUGGUAUCACCUCAACUGAGGUGACCUCCAUGUCUUCCACAACCACCUCAGAUGGUUCCUCCACGCUCUCCUCCACCACUGAGGCCACUUCCACUGGUGUCACCUCUACUGAGGUGACCUCCAUGAUGGCUACAACCUUAUCAGAAGGUGCCUCCACGACAGUCUCCACCUCUGGAUCCAUCUCCAGUCCUGUCUCCUCCAUGGAUGUGACCUCCACGGGUGCCCCAACCACCUCUACUGAUGCCUCCAUGAGCUUCCCCACCACUGCAGCCACCUCCAGUGGUGUCCCCGCUACUGAAGUGACCUCCACAACAGCCCCAACCACCUCAGAAGACACCUCCAUGAGCUUCCCCACCACUGGGGCCACCUCAAAUGCUGCCACCAAUGAGGUGACCUCCUCCAAUGCUCCAAUCUCAACAGCAGAGCCUCCAACCUCCUUCUCCAUCUCUGGAACGUCCUCCACUGUUUCCACCUCAACUGUCUGGACCUCCAUGAGUGCCCCAACCACCUCAGUAGAUGCCUCCACAGGCUUCUCAACCAUUGGAGCCACCUCCUCUGCUGUCACCUCCAAUGAGGUGACCUCCGCCAGUGCUUCAACCAGCUCUAGUGAUGCCUCCACAACAUUCUCCAGCGCUGAAUCCACCUCCAGUGCUCCACCCUCCAUAGAGGGGACCUUCAUGAGUGCCACAACCACCUCAGAAGUUUUCUUCACAACCUUCUCCACCACUGCAGCCACCUCCAGUGGUGUCCCUUCAACUGAAGUGACAUUCACAGCAGCUCCAACCAGCUCAGAAGAUGCCUCCUUGAGCUUCCCCACCUCUGGAGCCACCUCAAAUGCUGCUGCCACCAAUGAGGUGACCUCAACCAAUGCUCCAACCUCAACAGCAGAGCCUGCAACCUCCUUCUCCACCUCUGGAACCUCCUCCACUGUUUCCACCUCAAGUGACAGGACCUCCAUGAGUGCCACAACCACCUCCACUGAUGCCUCCACAGGCUUCUCAACCAUUGGAGCCACCUCCUCUGCUGUCACCUCCAAUGAGUUGACAUCUACCAGUUCUUCAACAACCUCUAGUGAUACUUCCACGAUCUCAUUCACCUCUGGAGCCACCUCCACUGGUGUCUCCUCAACUGAAGUGACGUCCACAGCAGCUCCAACCACCUCUAAUGAUGCCUCCACAUCAUUCUCCACCAUUGGAACCUCCUCCUCUGCUCCCACCUUCUCUGAGGUGACCUCCAUGUCUUCCACAGCUAUCCCAGAAGGUUCCUCCACGCUCUCCUCCAUCACUUGGGCCACUUCCACUGAUGCCACCUUGACUGAAGUGACCUCCAUGAGUGUCUCCAGCACCUCAACAGACUCUUUGACUUCCUUCUCCACCUUUGGAGCCACCUCCUCUGCUGCCACCUCCAAUGAGGUGACCUCAACCAACGCUCCAACCACCUCAGCAGGUUCCUUCACAACCUUCUCCACUGAUGUUUCCACCUCCUCUGCUCCCACCACCACAGAGGUGACCUCCAUGAGUGCCCCAACAACCUCUAGUGUUGCUUCCACAACCUUGUUGUCCAGUGGGACCACCUCCAGUGCUGCAACCUCCAUCGAGGGGACCUCCAUGAGUGCCACAGCCACCUCAGAAGCUUUCUCCAUGACCUUCUUCAUCACUGGAGCCUCCUCCACUGGUGUCACCUCAACUGAAGUGAUCUCCACAGCAGCUGCAACAAGCCCUGUUGAUACCUCCAGCACCUUCUCCACCACCGGAGGCACCUCCAGUGGUUUGACUUCUACUGAUGUGAUCUCCACGACAGCCCCAACCAGCUCAGAAGGUGCCUCCAGCUUCUCCACCACCAAAGAAACCUCUUCCAGUGCUGCCACCUCAAGUGACGUGACCUCGGUGACAGCCACAAGCACCUAUCUUGAUGCCUCCACUUCCUUCUCCACCACUGCAGCCUCCUCCUCUGCUGCCACCUCAACUAAGGAGACCUCGAUGUCUUCCACAGGCACCUCAGACGGUUCCUCCAUGCUCUCCUUCACCACUGGAGCUGCCUCAACUGCUGCCACUUCCAUAGGGGUGACCUCCAUGAGUGCCCCAAGCACCUCUGCUGAUGCCUCCACAUUAUUCUCCACCUCUGGAGCCACCUCCUCUGCUGUCACCUCUAAUGAGAUGACUUCCAUGUCUUCCGCAGCCGCCUCAGGUGGUUCCUCCACGCUCUCCUCUGUCACUGGGGCCACCUCCAGUGGUUUCACCUCAACUGAGGUGACCUCCAUAAGAGCUACAACCAUAUCAGAAGGUGCCUCCACGACACUCUCCACCUCUGGAGCCACCUCCAGUUCUGUCACCUCCAAUGAGGUGACCUCAACCAACGCUCCAACCACCUCAACAGGUUCCUUCACAACCUUCUCCACUGAUGUUUCCACCUCCUCUGCUCCCACCACCACAGAGGUGACCUCCAUGCAUGCACCAACAACCCCGAUUGAUGCCUCCACAACCUUCUCCACCACAGGAGCCACCUCCAGUGCUGGAGCCUCCAUAGCGGGGACCUCCACCACAGCCCCUACAACCUCUGUUGAUGCCUCCACUCUCUCCUUGACCACUGGAGCCACCUCCUCUGCUGUCACCUCUAAUGAGGUGACCUCCGUGACACCUACAACCGUAUCAGAAGGUUCCUCCACAACAUUCUCCAGCAUCGGAGCCAUCUCCAGUGCUGCAAUGUCCGUAGAGGGGGCGUCCAUGAGUGCCACAACCACCUCAGAUCGUUCCUCCACGACCUUCUCCACCACGGGAGCCACCUCCUCUGCUCCCAGCUCUACAGAGAUGACCUCCAGCAACACUCCAACCACCUCAGAAGGUGCCUCCAUGAGCUUCACCACCUCAGAAGCCAUCUCCAGUCCUGUCACCUUCACUGAGGAGACCUCCGUGACUUCCACGACCUCCUCAGAUGGUUCCUCCACGCUGUUUUCAAGCUCUGGAACCUCCUCCACUGUUUCCACCUCAAGAGGAGUGACCUCCAUGAGUGCCACAACCACCCCAGUCGAUGCCUCCACAGGCUUCUCCACCAUUGGAGCCACCUCCUCUGCUGUCACCUCCAAUGAGGUGACCUCCACCAGUGCGCCAACCACCUCCACUGAUGCCUCCACAUCAUUCUCCACCAUUGAAACCUCCUCCUCUGCUCCCACCUUCACUGAGGUGACCUCCAUGUCUUCCACAGCCAGCUCGGAUGGUUCCUCCACGCUCUCCUCCAUCACUGGGGCCACUUCCACUGGAGCCACCUCAACUGAGGUGACGUCUGUGACAGCUACAACCAUAACAGAGGGUGCCUCCACACUGUCCUCCACCACUGGAGCCACCUCAAAUGCUGCUACCACCAAUGAGGUGACCUCCAGCAAUGCUCCAACCUCAACAGCAGAGCCUCCAACCUCCUUCUCCACCUCUGGAACCUCCUCCACUGUUACCACCUCAACAGGGGGGACCUCCACGAGUGCCACAACCACCUCUAUUGAUGCUUCCUCGAGCUUCUCCACCAUUGGAGCCACCUCCAGUGCUGCAACCUCCUUAGACGGGGCCUCCACAACAGCCCCUACAAGCUCUAGUGAUGCCUCCACUCUCUUCUCGACCACCGGAGCCACCUCCUCUGCAGCCACCUCCAAUGGGGUGACCUCCAUGACAGCUACAACAGUAUCAGAAGGUGCCUCCACAAUAUUUCCCACCUCUGGAGCCAGCUCCUCUGCUGUCACCUCCGUCGAUGUGACCUCCAUGACAGUCACAACUAGCUCAGAAGACACCUCCAUGAGCUUCCUCACUUCUGGAGCCACCUCAAAUGCUGUCACCACCAAUGAGGUGACCUCAACCAAUGCUCCAACCACCUCAGCAGAGCCUCCAACCUCCUUCUCCUCCAUUGGAGCCACCUCCACUGGUGUCAUCUUCACUGAGGAGACCCCAAUGUCUUCCACAGCCACCUCAAUGGACACCUCCACACUCUCCUCCACCUCUGGAGCCACCUCCACUGUUCUCACCUCAAUAGGGGUGACCUCCAUGAGUGCCACAACCACCCCAGCAGAUGCCUCCACAGGCUUCUCAAGCAUUGGAGCCACCUCCUCUGCUGCCACCUCCAAUGAGGUGACCUCCACGAGUGCUUCAACCACCUCUAUUGAUGCCUCCCCAUCAUUCUCCACCAUUGGAACCACCUCCUCUGCUCCCUCCUUCACGGAGGUGACCUCCAUGUCAACCACAGCCACCUCACAUGGUUCCUCCACGCUCUCCUCCACCCCUUGGGCCACUUCCAGUGGUGCCACCUCAACUGAGGUGACCUCCAUGACAGCUACGACCAUAUCAGAAGAUGCCUCCACGACACUCUCCACCUCUGGAGCCACCUCCUCUGCUGUCAUCUCCAAUGAGCUUAUCUCCAACAGUGCUUCAACCACCUCCACUGGUGCCUCCACGACUUCCUCCACCACUGAAGCCACCUCCUCUGCUGCCACCUUCACUGAGGGGACACCAAUGUCUUCCACAGCCACCUCAAAGGAAACCUCCACUCUCUUCUCCACCAGUGGAGCCACCUCCUCUGCUGUCACCUCCAAUGAGGUGACCUCCAUGACAGCUACAACCGUAUCAGAAGGUGCCUCCACAGUCUUCUCCACCUCUGGAGCCACCUCCAGUCCUGUCACCCCAGCCCCAACCACCUCCUCUGGAGCCUCCUCAACUGAAGUGACCUCCAUGAGUGUCCCGAGCUCCUCAACAGACUCUUCGACUUCCUUCUCCACCAUUGGAGUCACCUCCUCUGCUUCCACCUCCAAUGAGAUGACCUCAACCAAUGCUCCAACCACCUCAGCAGGUUCCUUCACAACCUUCUCCAAUGAUGUUUCCACCUCCUCUGCUCCCACCACCACAGAGGUGACCUCCAUGAGUGCCCCAACAACCUCUAGUGAUGCUUCCACAACCUUGUUGUCCAGUGGGACCACCUCCAGUGCUGCAACCUCCAUCGAGGGGACCUCCAUGAGUGCCACAGCCACCUCAGAAGCUUUCUCCAUGACCUUCUUCAUCACUGGAGCCUCCUCCACUGGUGUCACCUCAACUGAAGUGAUCUCCACAGCAGCUGCAACAAGCCCUGUUGAUACCUCCAGCACCUUCUCCACCACCGGAGGCACCUCCAGUGGUUUGACUUCUACUGAUGUGAUCUCCACGACAGCCCCAACCAGCUCAGAAGGUGCCUCCAGCUUCUCCACCACCAAAGAAACCUCUUCCAGUGCUGUCACCUCAAGUGACGUGACCUCAGUGACAGCCACAAUCACCUCUCUUGGUGCCUCCACAAUGUUCUUGACCAGUGGAGCCACCUCCUCUGCUGUCAUCUCCAAUGAGGUGACCUCCACCAGUGCUCCAACCACCUCUACUCAUGCCUCCACGACAUUCUUCACCUCUGGAGCCACCUCCACUGGAAUCACCUCAUCUGAGAUAACCUCCACGUCUUCCACAGCCACCUCAGAGGGUUCCUCCACUCUCUCCUCCACCUCUGGAGCCACCUCCUCUGCUGUCACCUCUAAUGAGAUGACCUCCAUGUCUUCCGCAGCCGCCUCAGGUGGUUCCUCCACGCUCUCCUCUGUCACUGGGGCCACCUCCAGUGGUUUCACCUCAACUGAGGUGACCUCCAUAAGAGCUACAACCAUAUCAGAAGGUGCCUCCACGACACUCUCCACCUCUGGAGCCACCUCCAGUUCUGUCACCUCCAAUGAGGUGACCUCAACCAACGCUCCAACCACCUCAACAGGUUCCUUCACAACCUUCUCCACUGAUGUUUCCACCUCCUCUGCUCCCACCACCACAGAGGUGACCUCCAUGCAUGCACCAACAACCCCGAUUGAUGCCUCCACGACCUUCUCCACCACUGGAUCCACCUCCACUGGUGUCACCUUCAUAGCAGGUACCUCCACAACAGCCCCUACAACCUCUAGUGAUGCCUCCACUCUCUCCUGGGCCACUGGAGACACCUCCUCUGCUGUCACCUCCAAUGAGGUGACCUCCGCCAGUGCUUCAACCAACUCAGUAGAUGCCUCCAUUACUGUCAUGGAAGUGACCACUUCCACUGCUGUCACCUCAACUGAAGUGACCUCCACAGCAGCUCCAACCACCUCUAUGGAUACCUCCACAUCAUUCUCCACCACUGGAACCUCCUCCUCUGCUGUCACCUCUAAUGAGAUGACCUUCAUGUCUUCCACAGCCACUUCAGAUGCUUCCUCCACGCUCUCCUUCACCACUGGAGCCGCUUCAACUGCUGCCACCUCCAUAGGGGUGACCUCCAUGAGUGCCCCAACCAGCUCUACUGAUGCCUCCACAAUGUUCUCGACUUCAGGAACCACCUCCUCUAGUGUAACCCCCAAUGAGGUGACCUCCUCCAACUCUCCAACCAGCUCAGCAGAGCCUCCAACCUCCUUCUCCACCUCUGGAACCUCCUCCCCUGUUUCCAGCUCAACUGACAGGAGCUCCAUGAGUGCCACCACCACCUCCACUGAUGCCUCCAGCACCUUCUCCACCACCGGAGCCACCUCCACUGGUGUCAGCUCAACUGAAGUGACCUCCACAGCAUCUCCAACCACCUCUAUUGAUGCCUCAACAUCAUUCUCUACCAUUGGAGACACCUCCUCUGGUAUCACCUCAACUGAGGUGACCUCCAUGUCUUCCACAACCACCUCAGAUGGUUCCUCCACGCUCUCCUCCACCACUGAGGCCACUUCCACUGGUGUCACCUCUACUGAGGUGACCUCCAUGAUGGCUACAACCUUAUCAGAAGGUGCCUCCACGACAGUCUCCACCUCUGGAUCCAUCUCCAGUCCUGUCUCCUCCAUGGAUGUGACCUCCACGGGUGCCCCAACCACCUCUACUGAUGCCUCCAUGAGCUUCCCCACCACUGCAGCCACCUCCAGUGGUGUCCCCGCUACUGAAGUGACCUCCACAACAGCCCCAACCACCUCAGAAGACACCUCCAUGAGCUUCCCCACCACUGGGGCCACCUCAAAUGCUGCCACCAAUGAGGUGACCUCCUCCAAUGCUCCAAUCUCAACAGCAGAGCCUCCAACCUCCUUCUCCAUCUCUGGAACGUCCUCCACUGUUUCCACCUCAACUGUCUGGACCUCCAUGAGUGCCCCAACCACCUCAGUAGAUGCCUCCACAGGCUUCUCAACCAUUGGAGCCACCUCCUCUGCUGUCACCUCCAAUGAGGUGACCUCCGCCAGUGCUUCAACCAGCUCUAGUGAUGCCUCCACAACAUUCUCCAGCGCUGAAUCCACCUCCAGUGCUCCACCCUCCAUAGAGGGGACCUUCAUGAGUGCCACAACCACCUCAGAAGUUUUCUUCACAACCUUCUCCACCACUGCAGCCACCUCCAGUGGUGUCCCUUCAACUGAAGUGACAUUCACAGCAGCUCCAACCAGCUCAGAAGAUGCCUCCUCGAGCUUCCCCACCUCUGGAGCCACCUCAAAUGCUGCUGCCACCAAUGAGGUGACCUCAACCAAUGCUCCAACCUCAACAGCAGAGCCUGCAACCUCCUUCUCCACCUCUGGAACCUCCUCCACUGUUUCCACCUCAAGUGACAGGACCUCCAUGAGUGCCACAACCACCUCCACUGAUGCCUCCACAGGCUUCUCAACCAUUGGAGCCACCUCCUCUGCUGUCACCUCCAAUGAGUUGACAUCUACCAGUUCUUCAACAACCUCUAGUGAUACUUCCACGAUCUCAUUCACCUCUGGAGCCACCUCCACUGGUGUCUCCUCAACUGAAGUGACGUCCACAGCAGCUCCAACCACCUCUAAUGAUGCCUCCACAUCAUUCUCCACCAUUGGAACCUCCUCCUCUGCUCCCACCUUCUCUGAGGUGACCUCCAUGUCUUCCACAGCUAUCCCAGAAGGUUCCUCCACGCUCUCCUCCAUCACUUGGGCCACUUCCACUGAUGCCACCUUGACUGAAGUGACCUCCAUGAGUGUCUCCAGCACCUCAACAGACUCUUUGACUUCCUUCUCCACCUUUGGAGCCACCUCCUCUGCUGCCACCUCCAAUGAGGUGACCUCAACCAACGCUCCAACCACCUCAGCAGGUUCCUUCACAACCUUCUCCACUGAUGUUUCAACCUCCUCUGCUCCCACCACCACAGAGGUGACCUCCAUGAGUGCACCAACAACCUCGAUUGAUGCCUCCACGACCUUCUCCACCACUGGAGCCACCUCCAGUGCUGCAGCCUCCAUAGCGGGGACCUCCACAACAGCCCCUACAACCUCUGUUGACGCCUCCACUCUCUUCUCCACCACUGGAGCCACCUCCUCUGCUGUCACCUCUAAUGAGGUGACCUCCAUGACACCUACAACCUUAUCAGAAGGUUCCUCCACAACAUCCUCCACCAUUGGAGCUAUCUCCAGUGCUUCAACGUCCGUAGAGGGGACGUCCAUGAGUGCCACAACCACCUCAGAUCGUUCCUCCACGACCUUCUCCACCACGGGAGCCACCUCCUCUGCUCCCAGCUCUACAGAGAUGACCUCCACCAAUGCUCCAACCACCUCAGAAGGUGCCUCCAUGACAUUCUUCACGUCUGGAGCCAGCUCCUCUGCUGUCUCCUCCACUUUGGGAACCUCCACGACAGCCCCAACCACCUCAGUCGAUGCCUCUAUGACCUUGUCCACCACUGGAACCUCCUCCACUGGUGUCACCUCGGGUGAGGUGACCUCCAUGACACCUGCAAGCACGUCAGAAGGUACCUCCAUGACCUCCACCAGCACUGGAGCCACCUCCAGUGCUGUCACCACCAAUGAGGUGACCUCAGUGACAGCCCCAACCACCUCUCUUGAUGCCUCCACAUCAUUCUCCACCAUUGGAGCCACUUCCUCUGCUGUCAUCUCCAAUGAGGUGACCUCCAUGACAGCUACAACCGUAUCAGAAGGUGCCUCCACAACCUCUAUUGAUACUUCCAUGACUUUUUCGUCCAGUGGGACCACCUCCAGUGCACCAACAGCCUCUAUUGAUACCUCCAUGACCUUCUCCACCACUGACGCCCCCCCCAGUGCUGCAGCCUCCAUAGAGGGGACCUCCACGACAGCCCCUGCAACCUCUGUUGAUGCCUCCACUCUCUCCUCGACCACUGAAGCCACCUCAACUGCUGCCACCUCCGUCGAUGUGACCUCCAUGACAGCUACAACCAGCUCAGAAGGUUUCUCCACCUUCUCCACCACCAAAAAAACCUCUUCCAGUGCUGUCACUUCAGUUGAUGUGACCUCGGUGACAGCCUCAGUGACAGCCACUGGAGCCACCUCCAGGGCUGCAACCUCCAUAGAGGAGACCUCCAUGAGUGCCACAGCCACCUCAGAAGGUUCCUCCAUGACCUUCUCCACCACUGCAGCCACCUCCUCUGCUGUCACAUCAACUGAAGUGACCUCCAUGACAGCCCCAACCACCUCAGAAGACACCUCCUCGAGCUUCCCCACCACUGGAGCCACCUCAAAUGCUGCUGCCACCAAUGAGGUGACCUCAAUCGAGGCUCCAACCUCAACAGCAGAGCCUCCAACCUCCUUCUCCACCUCUGGAACCUCCUCCACUGUUUCCACCUCAACUGAGGUGACCACCAUGAGUGCCACAACCACCCUACUAGAUGCCUCCACGAGCUUUUCCUCCGCUGUAGCCACCUCCUCUUCUCCCACCUUCACUGAGGUGACCUCCAUGUCUUCCACAGCUAUUCCAGAAGGUUCCUCCACACUCUCCUCCAUCACUGGGGCCGCUUCCAGUGGUGCCACCUCAACUGAGGUGACCUCCAUGACAGCUACAACCGUAUCAGAAGGUGCCUCCAUGACACUCUCCACCUCUGGAGCCACCUCCAGUCCUGUCACCUCCAAUGAGGUGACCUCAACCAACGUUCCAACCACCUCAGAAGGUUCCUUCGCCACCUUCUCCACCACUGCAGCCACCUCCAGUGGUGUCACCUCAACUGAUGUGACCUCCACAGCAGCUCCAACAUCCUCUAUUGAUGCCUCCACAUCAUUCUCCAUCAGCGAAGCAACAUCUUCCAGUGCUGCCACCUCAACUGAUGUGACCUCGGUGACAGCCACAACCACCCCAGUAGGUGCCUCCACAGGCUUCUCAACCAUUGGAGCCACCUCCUCUGCUGUCACCUCCAAUGAGGGGACCUCAACCAGCCCUAUAACCACCUUUAUUGAGGCGUUGACGUCAUUCUUCACCUCUGGAGCCACCUCCACUGAUUCCAUCUCAACUGAUGUGACCUCCAUGACAGCCACAACUACGUCAGAAGAUACCUCCACGAGCUUCCCCACCACUGGAGCCAUCUCAAAUGCUGCUACCACCAAUGAGGUGACCUCAACCAACACUCCAACCUCAACAGCAGAGCCUCCAACCUCCUUCUCCACUUCUGGAGCCACCUCCGCUGGUGUCAUCUCCAAUGAGUUGACCUCCAUGAGUGCUCCUACCACCUCAGUAGAUGCCUCCAGCACCUUCUCCACCACCAGAGCCACCUCCAAUGGUGUAACCUCAGCUGGUGUGACCUCCACAGCAGCUCCAACCACCUCUAUUGAUGCCUCCACAUCAUUCUCCACCAUUGGAACCUCCUCCUCUGCUGUCACCUCUAGUGAAAUGACCUCCAUGUCUUCCAAAGCCACCUCAGUUGCUUCCAUCACGCUCUCCACCACCACUGGAGCCACCUCAACUGCUGCCACCUCCACUGAUGUGACCUCCACGACAGCCCCAACCAGCUCAGAAGGUGCCUCCAGCACCUUCUCCACCACUGGAGCCACCUCUUCUACUGCCACCUCCACACUGUGGACCUCGAUGAGUGCCCCAGCCACCUCAAUGGAUGCCUCUAUGACCUUGUCCACCACUGGAACCUCCGCAACUGGUGUCACCUCAGCUGAGGUGACCUCCAUGAUGUCCACUAUCACGUCAGAAGGUGCCUCCAUGACCUCCACCAGCACUGGAGCCACCUCCAGUGCUGUCACCAGCAAUGAGGUGACCUCCAUGACAGCUACAACCGUAUCAGAAGGUGCCUCUACAACUUUCUCCACCUCUGCAUCCACCUCCAGUCCUGUUACCUCCAAUGAGGUGACCUCAACCAACGCUCCAACCACCUCAGCAGGUUCCUUCACAACCUUCUCCACUGAUGGUUCCACCUCCUCUGCUCCCACCACCACAGAGGUGACCUCCAUGAGUGCCCCAAUAACCUCUAUUGAUACCUCUAUGACCUCCACUACUGCAUCCCCCUCCAGUGCUGCAGCCUCCAUGGAGGGGACUUCCAUGAGUGCCACAACCACCACAGAUGGUUCCUCCACGGCCUUCUCCACCACUGGAGCCACCUCCAUUGGUUUCACCUCAACUGAAGUGACCUCCACAGCAGCUCCAACCACCUCUAUUGAUGCCUCCACAUCAUUCUCCACCACUGGAGCCACCUCCUCUGUUGCCAGCAGUACUGACAUGACCUCCACCAAAGCUCCAACCACCUCAGAAGGUGCCUCCAUGACAUUCACCACCUCAGAAGCCAUCUCCAGUCCUGUCACCUUCACUGAGGUGACCUCCGUGUCUUCCACAGCCACCUUAGAAGGUUCCUCCACUCUCUCGUCCACCACUGCAGCCACCUCCUCUGCUGUCACCUCCAUCGAUGUGACCUCCAUGAGUGCCACAACCACCUCAGAAGAAGCCUCCACGACCUUCCCCACCUCUGGAGCCACCUCAAAUGCUGCUGCCACCAUUGAGGUGACCUCAGCCAAUGCUCCAACCUCAACAGCAGAGCCUCCAACCUCCUUCUCCACCACUGGAGCCACCUCCAGUGUUCCCACCUCAACAGGGGUGACCUCCAUGAGUGCCACAACUACCUCUAUGGUUGCUUCCUCAAGCUUCUCCACCACUGGAGUCACCUCCUCUGCUGUCACCUCAACUGAGGAGACCUCAAUGUCUUCCACAGCCACUUCACAUGGUUCCUCCACGCUCUCCUUCACCACUGGAGCCACCUCAAUUGCUGCCACCUCCAUAGGAGUGACCUCCAGAAGUGCACCAACCACUUCUGUUGAUACCUCCACAAUGUUCUUGAACUCAGGAACCACCUCGUCUGCUGUCACGUCCAAUGAGGUGACCUCCAUGACAGCUACAACUGUAUCGGAAGCCAUCUCAGAUGCUUCCACCACACUCUCCUCCAUCACUGGAGCCACCUCCACUAGUCCCACCUCAACAGGGCAGACCUCCAUGAGUGCCACAACCACCCCAGUAGAUGCCUCCACAGGCUUCUCAUCCACUGGAGCCAUCUCUUCUGCUGUCACCUCCAUCGAUGUGACCUCGAUGAGUGCCACAACCACCUCAGAAGACACCUCCACGAGCUUCCCCACCUCUGGAGCCACCUCAAAUGCUGCUGCCACCAAUGAGGUGACCUCAACCAACUCUCCAACCUCAACAGCAGAGCCUCCAACCUCCUUCUCCUCCACUGGAGCCACCUCCUCUGCUGUCACCUUCACUGAGGGGACCUCAAUGUCUUCCACAGCCACCUCAAUGGACACCUCCACACUCUCCUCCACCUCUGGAGCCAUCUCCAGUCCUGUCACCUCCAAUGAGGUGACCUCCUCCAACACUCCAACCGCUUCAGCACAGCCUCCAACCUCCUUCUCCACCUCUGGAGCCACCUCCACUGGUGUUGCCUCCAGUGAGUUCACCUCCAUUACUGCUCCAAGCACCUCUGUAGAUGCCUCCACAAUGUUCUGGAGCCCUGGAGCCACUUCCACUGCUCCCACCUCUACUGAAGUGCCCUCCACAACAGUCCCUGUCACCUCGGCAGAAACCUCCAUCCUCCUCUCGAGCACUGGAGCCACCUCCACUGGUGUCACCUCAAUUGAAGUGACCUCCACAGCAGCUCCAACCACCUCUAUUGAUGCCUCCACAUCAUUCUCAACCUCAGGAACCACCUCCUCUGCUGUCAGCUCUAAUGAGAUGACCUCCAUGUCUUCCACAGCCACCUCAGAUGGUUCCUCCACGCUUUCCUUCACCUCUGGAGCCACAUCCUCUGCUGUCACCUCCACCGAUGUGACCUCGAUGACAGCCACCACCGCCUCUAUUGGUGCUUCCUCGAGCUUCUCCAUCUCUGGAGCCACUUCCACUGGCAUCACCUCAACUGAAGUGACCUCCACAGCAGCUCCAACAACCUCUAUUGAUGCCUCCACAUCAUUCUCCACCACUGGAACCUCCUCCUCUGCUGUCACCUCUAAUGAGAUGACCUCCAUGUCUUUCACAGCCACCUCUGUUGGUGCCUCCACGCUCUCGUCCACCUCUGGAGCCACCUCCUCUGCUGUCACCUCCAGUGAGGUGACCUCCACCACUGCCCCAACCACCCCUGCAGAGGCCUCUACCUCCAUCUCCACCUCUGGAGCCAUCUCCUCUGCUCCCUCCUUCACUGAGGGGAUCUUCACCCCAGCCCCAACCACCUCAGAAGGUGCCUCCAUGACAUUCACCACCUCUGAAGCCAUCUCCAGUCCCGCCACCUCCACUGAUGUGACCUCCACGACAGCCCCAACCAGCUCAGAAGGUGCCUCCACCUUCUCCACCACCAAAGAAACCUCUUCCAGUGCUGGCACCUCAACUGACAUGACCUCGGUGUCAGCCUCAGUGACAGCCACUGGAGCCACCUCCAGGGCUGCAACCUCCAUAGAGGGGACCUCAAUGUCUUCCACGGCCACCUCAGAAGGUUCCUCCGUGACCUUCUCCACCACUGCAGCCACCUCCUCUGCUGUCACGUCAAGUGAAGUGACCUCCAUGACAGCCACAACCACCUCAGAAGACGCCUCCGUGACCUUCCCCACCACUGGGGCCACCUCAAAUGCUGCUGCCACCAAUGAGGUGACCUCAGCCAAUGCUCCAACCUCAACAGCAGAGCCUCCAACCUCCUUCUCCACCAUUGGAGCCACGUCCUCUGCUGCCACCUUCACUGAGGGGACCCCAAUGUCUUCCACAGCCACCUCAAUGGACACCUCCACACUCUCCUCCAGCUCUGGAGCCACCUCCAGUGUUCCCACCUCAACAGGGGUGACCUCCAUGAGUGCCACAACCACCUCUAUGGUUGCUUCCUCAAGCUUCUCCACCACUGGUGUCACGUCCUCUGCUGUCACCUCUAAUGAGAUGACCUCCAUGUCUUCCACAGCCAUCUCAGGUGGUUCCUCCACGCUCUUCUCCACCUCUGGAACAUCCUCUUCUGUUUCCACCUCCAUCGAUGUGACCUCCCUGAGUGCUGCAACCACCUCAGUAGACGCCUCUAUAACCUUCUCCACCACUGGAACCUCCUCCAUUGGUGUCACCUCAACUGAAGUGACCUCCAUGACAUCCACAGCCACGUCAGAAGGUGUCUCCAUGACCUCCACCAACACAGGAGCCACCUCCUCUGCUGCCACCUCCAAUGAGGUGACCUCAACCAAUGCUCCAACCACCUCAGCAGGUUCCUUCACAACCUUCUCCACUGAUGUUUCCACCUCCUCUGCUCCCACCACCACAGAGGUGACCUCCAUGAGUGCCACAACCACCUCUAUUGAUGCCUCCACAUCAUUUUCCACCAUUGGAACCUCCUCCUCUGCUGUGAGCUCUAAUGAGAUGACCUCCAUGUCCUCCACAGCCACCUCAGAUGGCUCCUCCACACUCUUCUCCAUCAGUGGGAGCACCUCCACUGGUGUCACCUCAAAUGAGGUGACCUCCAUGACAGCUACAACUGCAUCAGAAGGUGCCUCCACGACACUCUCCACCUCUGGAACCUCUUCCACUGUUUCCACCUCAAUUGACAGGACCUCCAUGAGUGCCACAACCACCCCAGUAGAUGUCUCCACGUCAUUCUCCACCAUUGGAACCACCUCCUCAGCUGUGACUUCUAACGAGAUGACCUCCAUGUCUUCCACAGCCACCUCAAUGGACACCUCCACACUCUCCUCCACCUCUGGAGCCACCUCCAGUAUUCCCACCUCAACAGGGGUGACCUCCCUGAGUGCCACAACCACCUCCCUUGAUGCCUCCACAGGCGUCUCCACCAUUGGAGCCACCUCCUCUGCUGUCACCUCCAAUGAGGGGACCUCAACCAGCCCUAUAAGCACCUUUAUUGAGGCGUUGACGACAUUCUUCACCUCAGGAGCCACCUCCACUGAUUCCAUCUCAACUGAUGUGACCUCCCUGACAGCCACAACUACCUCAGAAGACACCUCCUCGAGCUUCCCCACCACUGGAGCCACCUCAAAUGCUGCUGCCACCAAAGAGGUGACCUCAGCCAACGCUCCAACCACCUCAGCAGGUUCCUUCACAACCUUCUCCACUGAUGUUUCCACCUCCUCUGCUCCCACCACCACAGAGGAGACCUCCAUGAGUGCACCAACAACCUCUAUUGAUGCCUCCACGACCUUGUCGUCCAGUGGGACCACCUCCAGUGCUGCAACCUCCAUAGAGGGGACCUCUAUGAGUGCCACAGCCACCUCAGAUAGUUCCUCCAUGACCUUCUCUGUCACUGGAGCCACCUCCACUGCUGUCACCUCAACUGAAGUGACCUCCACAGCAGCUCCAACAACCUCUAUUGAUGCCUUCACAUCAUUCUCCUCUACUGGAGGCACCUCCUCUGCUCCCAGCUCUACUGAGACGACCUCCACCAAUGCUCCAACCACCUCAGAAAGUACCUCCAUGACAUUCACCAGCUCGGAAUCCAUCUCCAGUCCUGUCAUCUUCACUGAGGUGACCUCCAUGACAGCAAUAACCAUAUCACAAGGUGCCUCCACGAGGUUCCCCACCACUGGAGCCACCUCAAGUGCUGCUGCCACCAAUGAGGUGACCUCAACCAACGCUCCAACCUCAACAGCAGAGCCUCCAACCUCCUUCUCCACCUCUGCUCCCACCUUCUCUGAGGGGACCUCAAUCUCUUCCACAGCCACCUCAAUGGACAUGUCCACAAUCUCCUCCACGUCUGGAGCCAUCUCCAGUCCUGUCAUCUCCAAUGAGGUGACCUCCUCCAACACUCCAACCACUUCAGCACAGCCUCCAACCUCCUUCUCCACCUCUGGAGCCACCUCCUCUGCUCCCACCUUCACUGAGGUGACCUCCAUGUCUUCCAUAGCCACCUCAGAUGGUUCCACCAUGCUCUCCUCCAUCACUGGAGCCACCUCAGCUGCUGCCACCUCCACGUUGGGGACCUCCAUGAGUGCCCCAACCACCUCAGUAGAUGCCUCUGUGACCUUGUCCACCACUGGAACCUCCUCUACUGGUGUCACCUCAGGUGAGGUGACCUCCAUGACAUCCACAUCCACGUCAGAAGGUGCCUCCAUGACUUCCACCAGCACUGGAGCCACCUCCAGUGCUGUCACCACCAAUGAGGUGACCUCGGUGACAGCCACAACCACCUCUCUUGAUGCCUCCGCAUCUGCUGGAGCCACCUCAAAUGCUGUCACCUCCAAUGAGGUGACCUCAACCAAUGCUCCAUCCACCUCUGCAAGUUCCUUCACAACCUUCUCCACUGGAGCCACCUCCACUGGUGUUACCUUCACUGAGGGGACCCCAAGGUCUUCCACAGCCACCUCAAUGGACACCUCCACACUCUCCUUCAUCACUGCAGCCACCUCCACUGGUCCCACCUCAGUUGAGGUGAGCUCCAUGAGUGCCACAACCACCUCUAUUGAUGCUUCCUCAAGCUUCUCCACCCCUGGAGCCACCUCCUCUGCUGCCACCUCCAAUGAGGUGACCUCCAUGACAGCUACAACUGUAUCAGAAGGUGCCUCCACAACAUUCUCCACCUCUGGAGCCACCCCCUCUAUUCCCACCUUCACUGAGGUAGUAUCCAUGUCUUCCACAGCCACCUCAGAUGGUUCCACCACACUCUCCUCCAUCACUGGGGCCACUUCCAGUGGUGUCACCUCAACUGAGGUGACCUCCAUGACAGCUACAACCGUAUCAGAAGGUGCCUCCACAACACUUUCGAGCUCUGGAGCCACCUCCAGUCCUGUCAUCUCCAAUGAGGUGACCUCAACCAACGCUCCAACCACCUCAGCAGGUUCCUUCACAACCUUCUCCACUGAUGUUUUCACCUCUUCUGCUCCCACCACCACAGAGGUGACCUCCAUGAGUGCACCAGCAACCUCUAUUGAUACCAUCAUAAGCUUGUCCAGCAGUGGGACCACGUCGAGUGCUGCAACCUCCAUAGAGAGGACCUCCAUGAGUGCCACAACCACCUCAGAAGACACCUCCACGAGCUUCCCCAGCACUGGAACCACCUCAAAUGCUGCUACCACCAAUGAGGUGACCUCCUCCAAUGCUCCAACCACCUCAGUAGAGCCUAAAACCUUCUUCUCCACCUCUGGAACCUCCUCCAGUGUUUCUACCUCAACUGACAGGAUCUCCAUGAGUGCCACAACCACCUCCAUUGGUGCCACCACGAGCUUGUCUACCACUGGAGCCACCUCCUCUGCUGCCACCUCCAAUGAGAUGACCUCCACCAGUGCCCCAACCACCCCAGCAGAGGCCUCUACCUCUAUCUCCACCUCUGGAACCUCCUCCUCUGCUCCCACCUUCACUGAGGUGACCUCUACGUCUUCCACAGCUAUGCCAGAAGGUUCCUCCACACCCUUCUCCAUCACUUGGGCCACUUCCAGUGGUGCCACCUCAACUGAGGUGACCUCCAUGAGUGUCCCAACCAACUCUAUUGAAGCUUCGUCUAGCUUGUCCACCAGUGGUGUCAGCUCCUCUGCUCCCACCACCAUUGAGUUGACCUCUAUGACUGCUUCAACUACCUCCACUGAUGCCUCCAGCACAUUCUCCAUCACUGGAGCCGCCUCCACUGGUGUCAUCUCAACUGAAGUGACCUCCACAGGGGCUCCAACAUCCUCCGUUGAUGCCUCCACAUCAUUGUCCUCCAUUGGAACCUCCUCCUCUGCUGUCACCUCUAAUGAGAUGACCUUCAUGUCUUCCACAGCCACCUCAGAUGGUUCCUCCACACUCUCCUUCACCACUGGAUCCUCUUCAACUGCUGUCACCUCCAUAGGGGUGACCUCCAUGAGUGCCCCAACCACCUCAACAGAGUCUUUGACUUCCUUCUCCACCUCUGGAGCCACCUCCCCUGCUUCCACCUCCACUGAUGUGAUCUCCACGACAGCCCCAACCAGCUCAGAAGGUGUCUCCACCUUGUCCACCACCAAAGAAACCCCUUCGAGUGCUGUCACCUCAACUGACGUGACCUCAGUGACAGUCACAACCACCUCUCUUGAUGCCUCCACAUCAUUCUCAACCAUUGGAGCCACCUCCUCUGCUGUCACCUCCAUCGAUGUGACCUCCAUGAGUGCCCCAACCACCUCAGUAGAUGCCUCUAUGACCUUGUCCACCACUGGAACCAGCUCCACUGGAGUCACAGCAGCUGAGGUGAUCUCCAUGACAUCCACAACCAUGUCAGAAGGUGCCUCCAUGGCUUCCACCAGCAUUGGAGCCACCUCCAGUGCUGUCACCACCAAUGAGGUCACCUCAUUGACAGCCACAACCACCUCUCUUGAUGCCUCCACAAUGUUCUUGACCACUGGAGACACCUCGUCUGUUCUCACCUCCAAUGAGGUGACCUCCACCAGUGCUUCAACCACCUCUACUGAUGCCUCCACAACUUUCUUGAUCUCAGGAACCACCUCAACUGCUGCCACCUCCAAUGAGGUGACCUCCAUGACAGCUACAACUGUAUCAGAAGGGGCCUCCACUUCCUUCUCCACCACUGGAGCUGCUUCAACUGUUGCCACCUCCAUCGAUGUGACCUCAGUGACAGCCCCAACCAGCUCAGAAGGUGCCUCCACCUUCUCCACCACCAAAGAAACCUCUUCCAGUGCUGUCACCUCGAUUGAUGUGACCUCGGUGACAUCCUCGGUGACAGGUACUGGAGCCACCUCCAGCGCUGCAACGUCCAUCGAGGGAACCUCCACGACAGCCCCUACAACCUCUGUUGAUGCCUCCACUCUCUCCUCGACCACUGGAGCCACCUCCUCUGCUCCCACCUCCAUCGAUGUGACCUCCAUGAGUGUCCCAACCACCUCUAUGGAUGCUUCCUCGAGCAUCUCCAGCACUGGUGUCACCUCCUCUGCUGCCACCUCCACAGUGGUGACCUCCAACAGUGCUUCAACCACCUCUAUUGAUGCCUCCACAUCAUUCUCCACCAUUGGAACCACCUCCUCUGCUCCCACCUUCACUGAGGAGUCCUCCAUGUCUUCCACAGCCACCUCACAUGGUUCCUCCAUGCUCUCCUCGAUCACUGGAGCCACCUCUUCUGCUGUCACCUUCAUCGAUGUGACCUCCACGACAGCCCCAUCCACCUCAGAACACAUUUCCACGAGCUUCCCCACCACUGGAGCCACCUCAAAUGCUGCUGCCAUCAAUGAGGUGACCUCCAGCAAUGCUCCAACCUCAACAGCAGAGCCUCCAACCUCCUUCUCCACCUCUGGAACCUCCUCCAGUGUUUCCACCUCAACUGAGGUGACCUCCAUGAGUGCCACAACCACCUCAGUAGACGCCUCCACAGGCUUUUCUAUCAUUGGAGUCACCUCCUCUGCUGUGACCUCCAAUGAGGUGACCUCCACCAGUGCUUCAACCACCUCUAUUGAUGCCUCCACGAGCUCCUUCACCUCUGGAGCCACCUCCACUGCUGCCACCUUCACUGCGGGGACCCCAAUGUCUUCCACAGCCACCUCAAUGGACACCUCCACACUCUCCUAUACCAGUGGAGCCACCUCCUCUGCUGUCACCUCCAUCGAUGUGACCUCCGUAACAGCCCCAACCACCUCAGUAGAUGCCUCCACAAUGUUCUCAACCUCAGGAACCACCUCCUCUGCUGCCACCUCCAAUGCGGUGACGUCCUUGACAGCUACUACCACAUCAGAAGGUGCCUCCACAACACUCUCCACCUCUGGAGCCAUCUCCAGUCCUGUCACCUCCAAUGAGAUGAUACCAACCAACGCUCCAAGCUCAACAGCAGAGCCUCCAACCUCCUUCUCCACCUCUGGAGCCACCUCCUCUGCUGCCACCUUCACUGAGGGGACCCCAAUGUCCUCCACAGCCACCUCAAUGGACACCUCCACACUCUCCUCCAUCACUGCGGUCACCUCCACUGUUCCCACCUCCACAGGGGUGACCUCCAUGAGUGCCACAACCACCUCAGAUGUUUCCUCUAUGACAUACUUUACCUCUGGAGCCACCUCCAGUCCUGUCACCUCCAACGAGGUGACCUCCACCAAUGCUGCAACCACCUCAGCAGGUUCCUUCACAACCUUAUCCACUGAUGUUUCCACCUCCUCUGCUGCCACCUCCAAUGAGGUGACUUCCACCAACGCUCCAACCUCAACAGCGGAGCCUCCAACUUCCUUCUCCACUUCUGGAACCUCCUCCACUACUUCCAUCUCAACUGACAGGACCUUCAUGAGUGUCACAACCACCCCAGUAGAUGCCUCCACAAUAUUCUUGACCUCAGGAACCACUUCCUCUGCAGCCACCUCCAAUGAAGUGAGCUCCGUGACAGCUACAACCGUAUCAGAAGGUGCCUCCACGACACUCUCCACGUCUGGAGCCACCUCCAGUCCUGUCACCUCCAAUGAGGUGACCUCAACCACCGCUCCAACCACCUCAGCAGGUUCCUUCACAACUUUCUCCACUGAUGUUUCCACCUCCUCUGCUCCCACCACCCCAGAGGUGACCUCCAUGCAUGCACCAACAACCUCUAGUGAUGCCUCCAUGACCUUCUCCACCACAGGAGCCACCUCCAGUGCUGCAGCCUCCAUAGAAGGGACCUCCACAACAGCCCCUACAACCUCUAGUGAUGCCUCCACUCUCUCCUUGACCAUUGGAGUCAGCUCAACUGCUGUCACUUCCACUGAGGUGACCUCCACGACAGCCCCAACCAGCUCAGAAGGUGCCUUCACCUUCUCUACCACCAAAGAAACCUCUUCCAGUGCUGCCACCUCAACUGACGUGACCUCGGUGACAGCCACAACCACCUCUCUUGAUGCCUCCACAGGCUUCUCAACCACUGGAGCCACCUCCUCUGCUGUCAUCUCCAAUGAGGUGACCCCCAACAGUGCUUCAACCACCUCUAGUGAUGCCUCCACGACCUUCUCCACCAGCGAAGCCACAUCCGCUGGUGUCACCUUCAGUGAGGGGACUCCAGUGUCUCCAACAGCCACCUCAAUGGACACCUCCACACUCUCCUCCACCUCUGGAGCCACCUCCACUGUUCCCACCUCAACAGGGUUGAGCUCCAUGAGUGCCACAACCACCUCAGUCGAUGCUUCCUCCAGGUUCUCCACUUCUGGAGCCACCUCCUCUGCUCCCUCCUUCACUGAGGGGAUCUUCACCCCAGCCCCAACCACCUCCUCUGGAGCCUCCUCAACUGAAGUGACCUCCAUGAGUGUCCCGAGCUCCUCAAGAGAGUCUUCAACUUCCUUCUCCACCUUUGGAGCCACCUCCUCUUCUGCCACCUCCACAGGGGUGACCUCAGUGACAGCUGCAACCUCCUCUGUUGGUACCUCCAUGCUCUCCUGCACCUCUGGGGCCACCUCCAGUCCUGUCACCUCCAAUGAGGUGACCUCAACCAACGUUCCAACCACCUCAGAAGGUUCCUUCACAACCUUCUCCACUGAUGUUUCCACCUCCUCUGCUCCCACCACCAUAGAGGUGACCUCCAUGAGUGCACCAACAACCUCUGUUGAUGCCUCCAUGACCUUGUCGUCCAGUGGGACCACCUCCAGUGCUGCAACCUCCAUAGAGAGGACCUCCGUGAGUGCCACAACUACUUCAGAUGGUUUCUCCACGAGCUUCUCCAUCACUGGAGCCACCUCCAGUGGUGUCACGUCAACUGAAGUGACCUCCAUGACAUCCACAACCACAUCAGAAGGUGCCUCCGCCACCUCCACCAGCACUGGAGCCACCUCCAGUGCUGUCACCACCAAUGAGGUGACCUCAGUGACAGCCACAAGCACGUCUCUUGCUGCCUCCACAAUGCUCUUGACCACUGGUUCCACCUCCUCUGCUCCCACCUUCACUGAGGAGAACUCCAUGUCUUCCACAGUCACCUCUGGUCUUUCCUCCACACUCUCCUUCACCACUGGAGCUGCUUCAUCUGCUGCCACCUCCAUAGGGGUGACCUCCAUGAGUGUCCCAACCACCUCGGUUGAUGUCUCCACCAUGUUCUUGACCUCAGGAACCACGUCCUCUGGUGUCACCUCCAAUGAGGUGACCUUCAUGACCACUACAACCAUAUCAGAAGGUGCCUCCGCUUCCUUCUCCACCUCUGGAGCCACCUCCUCUGCUCCCACCUUCACUGAGGGGACCCCAGUGUCUUCCACAGCCACCUCAGAUGGUUCUUCCAUGCUCUCAUCAACCACUGGAGCCACUUCCUCUGCUGCCACCUCCAUUGAGGUGACCUCAACCAAUGCUCCAACCACCUCUGUUGAUGCCUCCACAAUAUUCUUCAACUCUGGAGCCACCUCUUCUGCUGUCUCCUCAACUGAUUUGACCUCAGUUACAGCCCCAACAACAUCAGUAGAUGCCUCCAGCACCUUUUCCUCCACCGGAGCCACCUCCACUGGUGUCACGUCAACUGAACUGACCUCCACAGCAGCUCCAACAACCUCUAUUGAUGCCUCCAUGACAUUCUCCACCACUGGUGUCACCUCCUCUUCUGCCACCUCUGAUGAGAUGACCUCCACCAGUGCCCCAACCACCCCUGCAGAUGCCUCUACCUCCAUCUCCACCUCUGGAGCCACCUCCUCUGCUCCCUCCUUCACUGAGGGGAUCUUCACCCCAGCCCCAACCACCUCCUCUGGAGCCUCCUCAACUGAAGUGACCUCCAUGAGUGUCCCGAGCUCCUCAACAGAGUCUUCGACUUCCUUCUCCACCUUUGGAGCCAUCUCCUCUGCUGUCACCUCCAAAGAGAUGACCUCAACCAACUCUCCAACCACCUCAAGGUGA